AUGCAAUACGCGCUGCUACAAUAUCGUUCAUUCCGGCUCUUUCAUGAAACAAUACCGUCUUCCACUCUCCUGGAGUUGAUAGAAGCGGAAACCUCCGCAUUUGGUAUGCAGAACGACUUAAACGUCUAUCUAGAUUACGUUAUAUUACGACCGAGAGCACAAUUUAGGGAUAAUAUGGUGAAGAGGAAAAAUGCCAGGUGGGGAUCCAACGCAGCGCAACGGUCGUGGGUGAACUGUGGUCUCAACCCGCGCCCAGGCACAAAACGACAUACUGCGGGCAGUCUCAUCACACUUAUGGGGGAGCCAUAUGUUAUCUGCUUGCAAUGUCGAAGAUUGAGAGCGGGCGCUUCAUGA